UUGGCGAUUGGUAUGAAUUGUAAAGCCAUUCAACUGCCAAACCUAAACUUGGACUUUUUCUGUUCUUUUUGUCAGUUUCACCGGGCAAUUCGAACGGAAACUGCAUUAAUGCAGUCUUAAAAAACAACUGCCUUGUUUCUACACGUAAAACAACAACAUUCUACCACUCACAAUGAGUAACCAGCUUCGACCAGAAAAGACAUCCUUCUUCCCAAUCAAGGGAAAGCCACUAAGCCCAUUUAUUUCCAAGCUGAAGCUGCUUUUGAACGAUGAGAAGUUUCGCCGAGCGAUAAAAUGGUCAGAAAACGGCUGUGCAGUCGUCAUCUCUGAUGGCGAAACCUUCAAGAAAGUUGUGCUCGACCGCAGCGAAGAAAUGUUCAAGACAAGAAACUUCACCAGCUUUGUGAGGCAGCUUAACCUUUAUGGUUUCCGAAAAACGCCCGUCAACGGAAAGGGCGACCCUUCCAAAAACAUGAAAUUCGAGCAUCCAGAUUUCCAGCGCGAAAAGCCAGAGAAAAUGCAUUUGGUCAAGCGCACUUGCAAUUCCCGCAAGAAGAAAAAGCCCGAGAAAAGACCGAGUAGCUAUAACGGUGACACAGACUACAGAACAAGAAAGCAGUGCAGAUACGAGCCAGAAGACGAGGGUUCCGGAACAGAGGGAGACGUUGAGAGCGAAGGUGUCAGCGAAAGUUCAAGCGCUCGUUCAACGCCCGUAAAAGAUACAAUGGCAGAGUUCGGUCAUUCCAAUGGAACCACCUUCGUGGCUCUCAAACCAGAAACGGACGAGCAAGCAGCACUGCAAGAAUUCAUGCACCAGAAGUUACAAGAAGAACACAUGGUGGUCCAGCUUCUUCUAAGCCUGAGAAAUAGGCUUCCCGAUAAUCAAGCCGGAGGAAGUUGUGAAGCGUUCCAACCCAACGCCGGCACUACAGCACCAAUGGCUUGCUACGAUACCGGAUGCGGUGUGCCAGGCUCGUAUGGGUUCUAUCCUCAUUCGCCACAAAACGUGUUCAGUCAGUAUAAUCCAAUCUACAAUCCCCUCUAGAUUGCGUGGUGGACCAUAGGUAAAGUAAAAUACAAUCUAUUUAGGUCCAAUGAGGUCUUUACUUCUAUGAGGAAUUUGGAAGGCUUUAUACUAGUUCAAAUUAUCUUCGAAUCCCGCUAAAUCAGAAGGAAAAAGUUAGAUGGAGUGUUAGAACUUCUACUAGGAGGCUGUGUUUUUUUUUAAAUAUCCAGCAUACAGGGUGCUACCAAAAUAUUUUAAAAAAGUUUAGGUUUAGUUCCGGAUCUGUGAAACAGUUACCGUGGAAGUAAAUCGUAUUUUUAGAACUCUCUUUAGAGUUGUUAAAAUUGUUUCUUGUAAAAAGUAAUAUAUCUUAUCUUAUUAAUUGGAAAUGAAUUAAUAAUUUCAAUUUUAUUCUCUUUCUUAAAGGCAUGUAAAUAUGUUUUUAUCGCAAAAUAAAUUGCGACUUUA